AUUAAAUCAAGUUGGGAUUGGUUUCAAAUGGUCCUGGAUUAGCACAGCAGGCUAGCUGUUGUCUUUGUCUAGAGGUUGCAUGCUUCCAUUAUCGGACAGGUCGCCCGACCUCAUGCUGCCUGUGCUUCAUCCGCAGAAAUCGAGCCCUCGCCCUCCUUUCAAUGACUGUUGUCCUUUUGGACCUUCCCUUUACCUGUGCACGGUGCUGUGUUUGUGUAGGGCCUCCCUCAUGACCUCUUUGAGGGGGUUGUUUUGGUUUCCGUGUGAGGCUCACCGGGCUGCUAGCUGUCUGGAAGUCCUUCUCUUCUGGACUCCUAUUGGGUUAAAUGUUCCGCCGGUGCUGAAACGAGGAUGUCCGUCGCUUUUCGGCGGUUGUUGUGGUUGGCAGUGAUGAUGUGUCGAGUCAAAACAACGUCCGUGAAUGAAUGGUGUCAUGCUUGGUCCAUCACAGCUAAAAGGUAAGGAGCAGGCAGAUGGUGGCAGCGUCACCUCCACCCUGAAGUGGCAGCGGUGUAAGGAGGUGCACACCUGGUCCCUGAGAUGGGCCAGCACCUGUUGAGACAAGGAGCGAUGUGGGAGGUGGUGGGGAGGUGUUUACUGCAGCCCUGAGGAGACACCCUGCAGCCGGAGGAGGGCAGCCCUCCUGUGGCCCCCGCAGCACCAGGACGCUCCAAAUAAGAUGUCCUGCCGGAGCAGCCCUCCAGGCGGGAAAAGUGUGGACUCCAGUGCGGUGGACACGUACGACAGCGGGGAUGAGUGGGACAUUGGUGUCGGGAAUCUGAUCAUUGACCUGGAGGCCGACUUAGAGAAGGACAAGCUUGAAAUGUCUAUAAAUAAGGAGGGAGGGGCCGCAGCCCCUCCUGGUGCUGUGGCUGCUUUACCCAACAACAUUAAGUUUGUCAGCCCUUCAGCUGCCAUGCACUGUAAAGAUGGCAAAUCCAAAUCAAAGCGUAUGAAGAACUCCAAGGAUGGCAGCAAGUUCCUGGUGUCUGAUGGAGCCAAGAGGGAAGUUCAGGGCCGGGCCCCUGUAGACCCUCCACCCCAGAGCCCCACCUCCUUGCUGACCAAAGGAGGUGACAAGAGCAGCAAGAACUCACGCUCGCUUCCCACAGUCAAGAAGGAGGUUAUCUGUGGAAAAAGUAAGAAGGACAAAAGCGAAACGACAGCCACUAAAGGGGUGAAAGCUGAGGAGGAGUCUGGAGCUGCAGUUGCAGCUCUGGGGACCCCCCGCAACAGCCAGUUUGAGGGCCAGCAGAACUCUGAUUUGGGAGCAGAUGAGCAGUUUGGACAUAUGGUUCUGGACUCCUCGGGUCUCGGUCCGGCUGUGGCCAUAACUGUGGAGCAGUACGAGGAUGACGGCCGGGGCAUGAAGCCGGGGAACAGCUGCGAGAAGAUGGACUCUCCAGUCUCCUCUUCAGCUCCACCUCCCCUUCACCUGCUGGGUCCUAUCACCCACAGCAAUGACAUCUCCUCCGCCUGUGAGCAAAUUAUGGUUCGCACGCGCUCAGUUGCAGUUAACACAGCGGAAACUGCUCUGGCAACCGAACCCGAGUGUCUGGGACCCUGUGAGCCAGGCACAAGUGUUAACUUGGAGGGAAUUGUUUGGCAGGAGACAGAAGAUGGGAUGCUGGUUGUGAACGUGACCUGGAGAAACAAAACUUAUGUUGGGACUCUUCUGGACUGCACUAGACACGACUGGGCCCCCCCAAGGUUUUGCGAUUCUCCCACCAGUGACAUGGAGAUGCGCAGUGGUCGCGGUCGUGGGAAGAGGAUGCGCUCUGGGAGCAGCAUGCCGUCCAACGAGAGCAGCAACACCUUUGACAGCAAAGGCAGCAACAGCAGCAAGACGCGAAGCGCUGCUGCGAGCAGCAAAAGCAAGAGAGGCAGUCAGACGGCCAGCGGCGCCGAUGACGCCAAGGCCAGCCCGUCCUCCGCCAAGAGGAGGACCAAACCUGUGUCUGAUGUGGAACCCACCUCCAGCUCUGAGGACUCCAAGGUAUCGAAGCGCAUGAGGACUAACCCUGCAGCUGCGCCUCCCUCUGGAGGAAAAGCUGACCCUCAGUUCCCUCCACAGCUGGAGCGGAGCUGCCCGUCCCCCGUGCUCAUUGACUGCCCUCACCCAAACUGCAACAAGAAAUACAAACAUAUCAACGGACUGAAGUAUCACCAAGCCCACGCCCACAACGACCCUGACGUCAGGUUGGACCAGGAUGGAGACAGUGAAUACGGAGAGGAUUCUGUCCUCCAUCCUGAGCUGGGCUUCUGCAGCGCCUCCGGCCUCUCCCCUGCCUCUUGCAUGGCCUCUAAGGGGCGGGGCUUUGAUGUGCCCCUCCCAUCUUUGAGGCUGUCAAAGGUUAAAAAGAAGCCGGGGGAUACUGAGCCGCAGGGCAUUGACGGUGGCGAGGAGGAAGCGUGUUUAACUGACGAGGCCAGCAAUGAUGGAAUGGAUGACAGAAAGGCCCGGAAGCCGUCGGCCAGCGGGAAAACGGAUAAAGUAGCUCAGAAAGGAGGGAAGUUGGGACGGCCCGGGACACACACGAGCCCUGGACCCACAUCCUUGUAUUCCUUGCAGGCAUCUCCACCAGCCGCGGGCUCACUGGUUCAGUCUGUUCCCAGCAGUCCCCAGUUGAAGAACAGCCAACCGAAAGCACCGUCACUCGCCGACACCGCCGCCGCUCUUUCCAAGGACAAGAAAAAGAAAGACAAAAAGAAAAGAGAAGGAGGGAAGGAGGAAGAUAGUCCAUCUGCUGUUAAUAAGGCUGGAAAGUCUGAGGAGGCCAAAGGUCUGUACUCGGAGAGCCCAGACGCUUUGCUCAACGGCUGUGUGGAGGGCCAACAGAGCCGUCUGGCCAGCAUGAAAGCCGAGGCGGACAAAGUGUACAGCUUCUCCGACACUGCACCCAGCCCCUCCAUCGGCAGGAUGGAGGCUGGGCUCGUGCCCCCCUUACACCCCAACCAGAAUGGAGCUGACAACGUGUCAGUCAAGACCAGCAGCCCCGCCUACUCUGACAUCUCUGAUGUGGGCGAGGACGGCGAGGCGAAAGCAGAUGGGAUAAAGAUCAAGCAAGAGCCGGAUCAAGUACCUCACGAGGGGGCAAAGAAGGCUCUGUUCAGCCCUCAGGGUCCCAGUAAGGAAUCCCAGUUCUACCCCAGCUACGACUCUUACUAUUCUCCAAACUACCCAAGCCCGAGUCCUGGAGCGGCCCCUGCUCCUCCGCCUCACGGGGAGGACCCCCCGGUGAAGGUGAAGAAGGAAGAGGACCUCGAUGUGCGAGAAGAGGUGAAGCUGAAGGUAGAGCCUCAAGAGGAAAGUAAAGUGGAGACCGGAAACCAGCAACCAUCAGUCAUCCAGCAACGCCCCAACCUGUACAACCAUCCUCUGUACUACAACCAGUACUACGUCCCCCCCUACUCUUACCCUGCUGAUCCGGCGUACCAUGCCCACUUGCUGGCCUCUAACCCGGCUUACCGUCAGCAGUAUGAGGACAGGCAGAGGCAGGCGGACAGGAGGGGGGAGGGCAGAGACCCGGAGUCCUCAGUUAAGGAGGAGUGGAAGCAGAAAGCCUUGGUACCACCCACUCAGUCCAGCCCCAGCCUCACAGACCUGGCGGCAAAGACAGGGUUAAGUUCAUCCAAGGCCAAAGACGCCGCCGCUGCUUCAGACCAGGCUAAGUCUGUUAUUACGAUAAAAGGAGAGGAUCCUAAAGCCCCUGCAGCCCAGGGGGAGGGUCUUAAGGUCAAGCUGAAUGAAGCACGGCAUCAUGGGACAGAGGAGGUCAAGCAAGGGGUGGACAUGGGGAGGCCGGCAGCUGUGGACCCCGCCAUGUGGUACAGACAGCAGGAAGCAGACUCCCGGUUGUGGUCCUACGUUUACCCCAGCAAAUACUCCGAGGCGCUGAAAGCUCAGGAAGAAGAGCGGUGGAAGGAGGAGAGGGAGCGGAGGGGGAGGGAGGAGAGGCAGCGGCCCAGCGAGAGCGUCCAGAAGGAGGCGGGGAAGGAGGGGGCAGACGGCAGGGCACAGCCGCUCCCUGAGGAGCACCAGGACAGAGGGAGGGAGAUGCGCUUCCCCCACAUGCAGUUCCCCUCGCCGCUGUCCCAGCACCAGGCCUACAUGCCCUACCUGCAGGGGCCGUACGCCUACAGCCAGGGCUACGAGCCCAGCCACCCCGGCUUCAGAGGCAUGCCGUCAGUCAUGAUGCAGAACUACCCAGACGCGUACCUACCCGCCGGCUACGCUUUCUCUUACGGGGGGAAGGCGGCAGUGGGGGAGGAUGGAGAGAAGUCGUCCCGGUCCAGUCCGGCGCUGAAGCCGUCCAGCGAGGCCAAAGCUCUCGACCUGCUGCAGCAGCAUGCCAGCCAGUACAAAAGCAAGUCCCCCUCCACGCAGGACCAAAAGGGCCCCCACGAGCGAGAAAGAGACGCCGGCCGACCUCGAUCGUCCCCAUCGCAGCGCCUCCUGCCCCCACAUCAUCAUGUGGGGUACCCUCUGCUGUCGGGUCAGUAUGACCUGUCCUACUCCUCAGGCUUGUCUUCUUCGGCCAUCGUGGCCGGUCAGCAGACGUCCAGCCCGUCCAUGUAUCCUCCUGCACGGAGGUGAGAGCGGUCUCCGCCCAUCAGAGUCAUGUGACGGGACCACGGGUCCUCAGCUCGGUGGUGUUUGCUGUAGUUGGAUAUCUCUACCUGCAGCCACAGUCGUCCUCCGUGGCGGUGAAUAGGCUGGGCGGAGCCACCUUUGGUGCUGUGGGGUUCGUGUGUCUGCAGCUCCGGGCCGCUGUCUCUGAGAGCAGAGCGGCUUCAAGGCACACCACCAUCUGAUUGUUGAUUGUGUUCGCUUCAGCCACGUGGGACCCAUGCUGUGACCUUAGCGAGAACCUGCACCUGUGAAGAGACAAUCAGAGGGCACGGCAGAGCUGCUGUCAGUUAGUGUAAAUACUGUACAGAGGAGUCAUUUUAAAGAGCCUGCAGGACGAUGGCGGGUUUCCUGUUUUUGUCUCUGUCGCUCCACCUCUGUUUUUCUACUGUUGUUGAUCUGAUAUUAAACUUGCGGCUGGUGUCACGCCGUCUCA